AUGGCCGGCGAUGAUGCAACUCCUCCACCUCCCUCUAACACCUUCCAACCCGCCUAUGCCGUCAACAACAUCAAAAAUCUGAUUAGCAUCACCCUUGAUCAAGAAGAAGGGCAAUACGCCACAUGGGUUGAGCUCUUUCAUAUUCAAGCCUGUGCGUACAAUGUUCUUGACCAUAUUGAUGCCUCCGUUUCUCGACCAACGGAUAUUGAUGAUGCGACAUGGACAAGGUUAGAUGCAAUUGUGAAAGGUUGGAUUUAUAGUACUAUUUCCAAAGACCUUGUUCACACCAUCAUGAAGCAAGGUGCAACCGUUCUUGAAUUAUGGAAUCGACUUGAAGAAGUUUUCCAUGACAACAAGCACACUAGGGCCGUGUAUUUGGAGGAGAAAUUCAACAACACUCGACUUGAGAAUUUUGCUAAUAUGGCAGAUUAUUGCAAAGAGAUCAAGCUUCUUGCCGAUCAAUUAAGCAACGUCGACAACCCGGUCUCCGAUAGAAAGAUGGUUCUCCAAAUGAUCUCUGGUUUGCCAAAAGGGGAGUAUGACACGGUUGCUGCUCUUAUUUCCCAAACCGAACCAACCCCAAGCUUUAGCAAGGCUCGUUCUAUGUUCUUGCUAGAGGAAACACGAAAGUCAAAGCAAGAUGAGCAUGGUCAACAAGCCCUCAUUGCUCAACAACCACCGCCGCCUCCUCCACAGCAGCAGUCCGACAACCACCGUGGUGGGACAGGACAUGGGGGGAGGGGUCGUGGCAGAGGACAAAUCAAGAAUGGGAAGGGGCGUGGAAGGGGGCGUAAUUCGAACCCCUCACAACAGCAACAGUCCAACGGCCCACAAUUUGGGGCCCAACAGGCUCCUCGAUGGGUGGCAGCCCAUUUGGCAGCAACACCAACCAGGCCAGUGGGCCUCUCCCCUUGCCCAUUCCCUACAGGCCCAAUGCAGCAAUUUAGAGGGUAG